AUGGUGAGCACUGACAAGAAUCAGAGUAGUGUGGUCAUGUUCAUCUUCUUGGGAUUUUCUGAUUAUCCAGAGCUCCAGGUGCCCCUCUUUGUAUUGUUCCUCAUCAUUUAUGCAGUCACUGUGGUGGGGAAUGUGGGCAUGAUUGCGAUCAUCAAGAUCAGCCCCAAACUCCACACCCCCAUGUACUUUUUCCUCAGCCACUUGUCCUUUGUGGAUUUCUGUUAUUCCACUAUAGGUACACCAAAAUUACUAGAAAACUUAGUUGUAGAAGACAGAAGCAUCUCCAUCAAAAGCUGCAUCACACAGUAUUCUAUUGGUGUCACCUGUGUGAUAACAGACAUGAUUAUGUUGGCAGUGAUGGCGUAUGACCGCUUUGUCGCUAUAUGUUAUCCUUUGCUUUAUACGGUUUUCAUGUCCCCAAAACUCUGUGCCCUGCUAGUGGCUGUGGCAUAUUCAUGGGCCACAAUUUCUUCUAUUGUACUCACAUACUCACUUCUUGUAUUAUCAUUUUGUGAGACCAAAAUCAUUAAUAACUUUGUAUGUGAAUAUUCUGUCUUCCUCUCUGCUGCCUGCUCUGAUAAACAUUUCAGUGAGUUAAUAAGUUCUGUCUUUGCAAAUCUCAAUGUAUUUUGCACCCUCAUCAUUAUCCUUAUAUCCUACAUUUUUAUUUUUGUCACAAUCUACAAAAUGCAUUCAGCCAGUGGAAGAUACAAAGCUUUCUCAACUUGUGCCUCCCACUUGACAGUUGUUACCAUUUUCUAUGGGACCAUCUUCUUUCUCUAUUGUAUUCCCAGUUCCAAAAACUCGUGGCUUGCAAUCAAAGUGGGAUCUGUUUUUUACACUGUGGUUAUUCCUAUGCUAAAUCCUUUGAUAUACAGUCUAAGGAACAAUGAUGUGAAGGAAACCUUGAGGAAAUUGAUGGAUCUCAAAAUCAUUUCUCAAUAA